AUGAUCAUGAAGACCUUUGUGCUGAUCCUGGUUCUACUGUGUGUCUUCAUCCACACAGCUGAAGGACUUCAAUGCAGACGUUGCUAUGGUUACUCGUCAUGUGAUCAAACACCACAGAAAUGUUCAGGAAGUCAAACGUUCUGCUUCUCACGCGCCACCACAGGUUCCAAUAGUUAUGGGAUGUCCACAAAUCAUUAUGUGGAGAAGGGAUGUGCGUCACAUGACAUUUGCACGUCGACCGGCAGUCACGUGGUGUCAUAUGACAUUGGUUAUCGGGCUCAUGUCACCAACACCACCUGCUGCGACACCGACAACUGCAACGAUGCUGUCGCUGACUAUUCGACGCCGUCGCCCCCUGCUGGACCUCUGCAGUGCUACGGCUGUGACCCCUCCAGGCUCGAGUGCAUUGCCAACGUGACCUGCCGCGACCACGAGUCCUGCUUCCAAACAUCCCCAAGCCCUUACAGCGGCCAUCAGUCAUAUUAUGGCUGCAUCUCGGAGAACGUGUGCAGCAACAGCAGUCUCUCUACACUUUACGGCGUCGACCAUGUGUCCUGCUGCAACACUUCCCACUGCAACGUCCCAGAGCUGGGGAUUCAGUGCCAGACAUGUGUGAAUUACGACUGCUCUUCUCAGCGUUCGGUCUUCUGCUCCAACGACGUAACAAUGUGUCACAGCCAGUACCGCUCAGAUACCUAUCCUUAUGGGACUUAUACACAUUUAGAGAAGGGUUGUGCUUCCUCUGAGAAGUGCCCAUCUACAGGAAGUCACUUGAGUUCACAUAACAUUGGUUCUGGGUCGAGUCUCAUCUACACCUCCUGCUGCGACACAGACAACUGCAACAAUAAUGACACUGACGCAGCGCACGCGGAGAUGAUGCUGCUGCUGCUGCUGAGUGCCCUCUCCGUCUGUGCUCAAAGCGGAUUGGACGACUCAGACCACGCCCCCAACGAGCCACACCUGGUUUCCCACGGCAACGGAUGUCCAGACCUGUGCCUCGUCGACGCCCCCUUGUGUCAGGAUGAAAACUCCAGACUGAGCUUCGACGCCGUUUGUCAGAUCCACAGGAUGAUGGACGACGACGCAGACGGGAGCAUCGAUAGUGUGGAGACGGACGGGUUUCUUCGCGACGACAUGAAGUUUUCAGACUCAAAAACCAAACGACGAAACUUUCACCGCAUCGACCUCCACAUCAGCAUCGAGGACAUGUGGAGGACCUGGAAGCACUCCGAGGUCUAUAACUGGUCCGUGGAGACGGUGGGGCAGUGGUUGUGUCUCAGUGUGGAGCUGCCUCAGUAUUCUGACACCAUCAACGCUCUGGGACUCAACGGGACCAGUCUGCCCAGGUUGGCAGUGAAGAACUCGACUCUUUCUGGAUCUUUGCUGAAAAUCUCUGAUCGAAGCCACGCCCAGAAACUUCAGCUCAAAGCCCUGGACACGGUUCUGUUCGGCCCCCCACCAGGGCGGGACCCGGGCUGGAAGGACCUGGUGCUGGUGCUGUCUGUGGUCCUGGCGCUGGUCGGGUGCUGCUUCGCCUUCGUCCAGAGCAGGAAGUCCAGAGACGACCUCAGCAAACUCAGCAAAGACCUGGAAGGACUUCAGAAGGCCGAGGAGAGCCUCCUGGACCUGCAGCACAAAGAACCUACAGAGAACCUGACAGAGAACCUGACAGAGAACCUGACGGAGAACCUGACGGAGAACCUGACGGAGAACCUGACGGAGAACCUGACGGAGAACCUGACGGAGAACCUGACGGAGAACCUGACGGAGAACCUGACGGAGAACCUGACGGAGAACCUGACAGAGAACCUGACAGAGAACCUGACGGAGAACCUGACGGAGAACCUGACGGAGAACCUGACGGAGAACCUGACAGAGAACCUGACAGAGAACCUGACAGAGAGCCCGACAGAGAGCCCGACAGAGAGCCCGACAGAGAGCCCGACAGAGAGCCCGACAGAGAGCCCGACAGAGAACCCGACAGAGAACUUUCAUAAAGAUCAGAUUUUACUGCAGAGGGCGCAGGAGGAGCAGCGCAGUGUCCAGGUGGAGAAGGUGCAGGUGGAGAAGCGGCUCCAGUCCGAGAUCCUUUCUGCCAAACAGGAAGCUGAGCGGCUGAAGGAGCUGAGGAAGCAGACGGGCAACGAGACCAGUCGCCAGAAGUAUGUGGAGGAGGAGCUACAGCAGAUGCGUGAGGCUCUGAAGAAGGCGGAGCGAGAGCUGGAGGAGCGCUCUGAUUGGUCGCCUGCGGAGCCGCUGCAGAAGUGGCUCCAGCUCACGCACGAGAUCGAGGUCCAGUAUUACAACAUGAAGAAGCAGAACGCAGAGAGGCAGCUGCAGCAGGCCCGAGAGGGGGCUGAAAGGAUAAAGAAGAAGCGCAGUUCUCUGUUCGGGACUUUCCACGUGGCUCACAGCUCGUCUCUGGACGAUGUCGACCACAAGAUCCUCUCUGCAAAGUGA